CUCGAGUGCCUAAUAAACAAGUCUUACCUUCAAAUCACAAAAGUCCAGGGUGCAUUGAUUUUUUAAAUAUCCCAGAGACAUCUUGAAAAGAAGUUUGCCAGAGAGUUCAAGAAAUGCAAAGGAGCUCCAGAAAAGCUGAAACGAUGAAAAAUCAGGUACUGUUUCUCUUCCUGCUGUCUUUCUUGGGCGGAGGCAUCUCCCAGCAGAUCCAGUACGCGAUUCCCGAGGAGCUGGCCAAGGGCUCGAGGGUGGGGAACCUCGCCAACGAUCUGAGGCUCAGUGUCCAGGAAUUUCUAGCUCGAAAACUGCGGGUUAGUGCAGAGGACUUUUUCAGCGUGAGUGCGGAGAGUGGGGAUUUGUUAGUGAGCGGUAGGAUAGAUCGAGAGAAGAUUUGCGGGAGGAAAUCUGAGUGUGCGCUCGAAUUUGAAAUGGUCGCUGAAAACCCAAUGAAUGUUUUCCACGUGAUUGUUGCAAUCCAAGAUAUUAACGAUAAUGCACCACGUUUCAUUGCAAAAGCCAUUGACUUAGAAAUCUGCGAGUCAGCCUUACCAGGGGUAAAAUUCCCUCUGGAUUCUGCACAAGAUGCAGAUGUGGAAAGUAACUCCCUGAAGAUGUAUACUAUCAACCCCAAUGAACACUUCUCUCUGUCAACAAAGGAAAGUCCUGAUGGAAGUAAAUACCCCGAAUUGCUGCUGGAAAAACCUCUGGACAGAGAACAGCAGAGGUCCCACCAGUUAAUCCUGACUGCCAUGGACGGCGGGGACCCUCCUCUAAGCGGCACCACGCAGAUCCGGAUCCGGGUCACGGAUGCCAAUGAUAAUGCUCCAGUGUUCAGCCAGGACGCUUACAGAGUUAGCCUCCAAGAAAACGUGCCCCGGGGAACCUCCGUGCUGCGGGUGAUGGCCACUGACCAGGACGAGGGCGUUAAUGCAGAGGUCACCUAUGCCUUCCUCAAUGCCCCAACAAGUACCAGCCUCCUCUUCAAUCUCAAUCCAAAUACUGGCGACGUCACAACCAAUGGUACAUUGGACUUUGAAGAGACAAGUAGAUAUAUGUUGGGUAUAGAAGCUAAGGAUGGAGGAGUGCACACGGCACACUGUAAUGUUCAGAUUGAUAUUGUUGAUGAGAAUGACAAUGCCCCAGAGGUGACCUUCAUGUCCUUUUCUAACCAGAUUCCCGAGGACUCAGACCUUGGAACCAUAAUAGCCCUCAUUAAAGUGCAAGACCAGGAUUCUGGGCAAAAUGGUCUGGUGACGUGCUAUAUUCAGGAAGAAGUUCCCUUCAAAUUAGAAUCCACCUCCAAGAAUUAUUACAAGCUGGUGAUUGACAGGGCUCUAGACCGGGAGCAGAUGGCAGAGUACGAUGUCACCAUCACAGCCACAGACAAGGGCAAGCCAUCCCUAUCCUCCAGUACAAGCGUCACACUGCACAUCGGCGACGUCAACGACAAUGCUCCGGUUUUCCACCAGGCCUCCUACGUGGUCCACGUGGCGGAGAACAAGCCUGCCGGCGCCUCCAUCGCUCAAGUCAGCGCCUCUGACCCCGACCUGGGACCCAACGGCCUCGUCUCUUACUCCAUCGUGGCCAGCGACCUGGAGCCGCGGGCGCUGUCGUCCUACGUGUCGGUGAGCGCGCAGAGCGGGGUGGUGUUCGCGCAGCGCGCCUUCGACCACGAGCAGCUGCGCGCCUUCGAGCUGACGCUGCAGGCCCGCGACCAGGGCUCGCCCGCGCUCAGCGCCAACGUGAGCCUGCGCGUGUUGGUGGGCGACCGCAACGACAACCUCUUCAGCCUGGGGCUGCGCACGGGCGAGGUGCGCACGGCGCGUGCUUUGGGCGACAGGGACGCGGCCCGUCAGCGCUUGCUGGUCGCCGUGCGGGAUGGGGGGCAGCCACCCCUUUCGGCCACCGCCACGCUGUACCUGAUUUUCGCUGACAGCCUCCAAAAGGCGCUGCCGGAUCUCAGCGACCAUCCUACACCCUCUGACCCCCAGGCUGAGCUGCAGUUUUACCUGGUGGUGGCCUUGGCCUUCAUCUCAGUACUCUUCCUCCUCGCGGUGAUUCUGGCAAUCGCCCUGCGCCUGCGACACUCCUCCAGCCCCGCCGCCUGGGGCUGCUUUCAGCCUGGUCUCUGCUCCAAGUCUGGACCGAGGGUUCCCCUCAACUACAACGAAGGGACUUUGCCCUAUUCCUACAAUCUGUGUGUUGCCUCGCAUUUAGCAAAGACCAAAUUUAAUUUUCCCAACCUGACACCGGAAAUGGCUCCCCCUCGGGACCUCCUGUGUGAAGAUCCUUCUGUGGAUAUAUGUGCCAGCGGUGAAGACCCCCAAAUCGCUAAAGACUCCUCUUUUUCCUCUCACGUGAGUUUCUGGAAACCUGCUUAA